UAUUUCCCCACCAGACAGACAAAGAGACAGAGCGACUGAGACGAAUAGGAGGGGAAGAGGGAGCAGGGAGAAGCAGAGACAGAGAGAGGCAGAUACAUAAAGAGGCACAGAGGAAUUGAUGGAAUGACAGUCUGGUGGCAGGGGACACACUGAGAGAGAGAGAGAGAGAGAGAGAGAGGAAAAAGAGAGAAGAGGAGGGAGGGUGUGUGAGGUAGAGAGAGAGAUAGAGGGGAUGUAAAAUAGGCAGCUUCAGUGACAGCGUAGACAAAGGUAGCUUCAGAGUGCAUGUGCGCCCUCUAUUUCAUUCACACACACACACUCUCUCCCUCCCUCUCUCUUACACACAUCCUCUCUUUCUGUUUCUCACUCAUUCGCACAGACACACACAUACACACACACACACCUUCGAGCAGAAGCAGCAGAGCUGUGUGGGUGUGAAGCAGCAUGAGAAGUGAUAUCUGUACUUCCACACAUACAGCUGGCUGAUGGACUAACUUAAUUACAACAUACACACACCUAUUGCAUGCACACUCACUGGCACACCAUACUUAUAGGCAGACACACACACACACAUUUGCAAGCUCACACUGUCUGUGGCCAGAAGUCAACAUGGGUCUUGUGAUGGGAACCUUUUCCAUGCAAUCCAAGCAGGUGAACUACCACAAAGAUAAAGCCGACGAUGACCUGGAGAUGACCAUGGUGUGCCAUCGGCCAGAGGGCCUGGACCAGCUAGAAGCUCAAACCAACUUCAGCAAAAGAGAGCUCCAAGUUCUCUACAGGGGCUUCAAGAAUGAGUGUCCAAGUGGUGUUGUAAAUGAGGACACCUUCAAGCAAAUAUAUUCCCAGUUCUUCCCACAUGGAGAUGCCAGCACUUACGCACACUACCUGUUCAACGCGUUUGACUCAGCACACACCGGCUCCAUAAAGUUUGAGGACUUUGUGACAGCUCUGUCCAUCCUGCUGAGGGGCUCUGUCACCGAGAAGCUCCAGUGGACAUUUAACCUCUAUGAUAUCAACAGAGAUGGAUACAUCAACAAAGAGGAGAUGACAGACAUUGUCAGAGCCAUAUAUGACAUGAUGGGGAAGUACACCUACCCUGUCUUGAAAACCGACGCACCCAAACAGCAUGUGGAUGCUUUCUUUCAGAAAAUGGACAAAAACAGAGACGGUGUGGUCACUCUUGAUGAAUUCAUCCUGUCUUGUCAAGAGGAUGAAAACAUCAUGAGGUCUCUGCAGCUCUUUGAAAACGUCAUCUAGGCGGCAAAGGAGAGGGGGACAAGCGCAACAGAUGAAAGCACAGAGCGAGAGAGGAGAGAAGAACAAAAGGAAAGGGAGAGGAAGGAGGGAUGAACAUGCACGACAAAAAAGGAACAGUGCCAGCUUGCAGUUGAAAUGAAAAACAAAGAAGCUCGUCACUCUUGUGUGUGAUGGCUACCACAAAACUUCAUGGGAGGUGUCUUGCUGUAAUAAAUCCAUGGCGACAAACCAUCACUGGUUUAGGGAAAAAACAUCCUUCAGACUGAAACCCUUCAGUCCGUGACCAUUCAUCUCGUCUCCGUCUCCCUUGUUUGUUGCUGUCGUUACGGUUACUGUCAUGUUGGACAGUGUGUACUUCAUGCUGUUGUGUAAAUACAGAUUCUUUCACAUAGGGUGUAAAUUGAAUAUCAAGCAGGACUGGAAUCCCCUAAAAGUAGCUUAGCAGUGAUGCAUACCUGUGUGCAUUAGAGGCUUCGAUAAUAGCCAUUCUCAUCAUGCGUUUCUGUGUCGACACAACAAACGUGACGCAGUAUUGUGAAGCAUGCAAGACAGAGGCCUACGGCAUAGUUAACAUGUAUGUGCCAUAAGAAACUCGGUGGCGACAUAGUCAUCUUCUUCCAUUUUAAAGGAAGUCAGGUGUGGGUGUAGCAUCUCACACAGAGCCACGUCAUCUGCUUUCAGGCGUCUACGCUAUUCAGACACAGGCCUGUUAAGGUCUGCGCAGCUGAAUGUGACCUCAGCCAGCUUGCGUCCCGUGACAGCUUGCGACAGUCCCCCUCAACCAUCCACCCCACCCCCCCGUCACUCCUACUGUGUACGUUCCUCUGGUGUCAGUCAGUGUUUCAGUGUUGUAAAGACUCGACUGUAGAUAUUUAACUGUUGUAUUUGUGGCUUCUUCUCGCUGUCUGGAAUCAUUCCUGUGUGUGUUUGUGUGUUUUCUGCUUCUGACUAUCUGUCUGGUCUUUCUGUCAAAUUGGAUAUAACUGUAAUUAUUCUACCUGGAAUUCAUUGUUAAAUAAAGAGUCCACUUAGAGGUUUAUAGGCGUACAGAUACAGAUUGAUACAGGGGAAGUGCAUGCGAUGCGUUUAAGUGUGUGUGGUGUCCUGAUGUAAAGUUAUUUUUGGUUUUUGUUUUUGCCUGAAUAUUAAAGUGUCAUUUAUUCUAGCACGUAGCUUCAUCUUAUCUGUCCAGCUGAACCGACCGUGUUUCCGGCCGCAGAGGAGAGUCUUGUCGUCAAUUCUGUCUGUUGAAAAUGUCGACUCAGAGAGCGACCAACCUUUUCACUGUGAGGAGAGACAGAGGAGAGGGUGAGCCAGAGGGAGGGGCGAUGGAUAGGAAGGUACAGAGGAAGACCAAGAUGAGAGAGUAAGACAGAAGAUGAAGAGUAAAGACCUUUUCACUGAUUCUGAAGGAACGGAAGCCAUGUUUCGAAACAAGAGCCAUCGUUUUGAAGAUUGAACGGGACAAAAAUACAGAUUUAUAAACGAUUCCCUGUCGUGCCCACUCACUGUGCAACCAAUAGCGUAAUAACAACAAAAAAAUAAAAAAUCCAUUGCCGAGAUGUGUCGCAGGUCAUCUCAAAUGUACCCAGACAUACAUCCAGACAGACUGACAGACAGGAAGACAAACAGAUAGACAGGCGUACAGACACACAGACAGCUUAAAAAACUGUCAAAAUGAAAUAAUGUGUGUAUUGAAAUAUUGUAUAAAAUCAUUAUAUUUAUCAAUAAACUUUUCAAGAAACAAAAUGAAUCCAUGUCUCCUAU